GCUCUGGCAGGACCGUUCACAGCAGGACAGCUGUGGUUCCCGCCUGGCCAGUUCCUGUCCCAGUUAAACGCUCUUAACGGAAAGGGACUCCCGCAGAACCGUGCGCUCUGGGAGAAGCUGUCGUGCAGAAGUGUCAGCUCCGGUCUCCAGUAAACAGCCCUCACGUGGUCCGAGGGGAACCCGCGACAGCAGCCCGGCCACUCACUGGCUCCUCGCCCAGCAGGGUGCAGUAUGGGCUUCUUGACUGCAGUAACUCACGGCCUGGUGCGGGGAGCGGACCGGAUGAGCAAGUGGACAAGUAAGCGGGGACCCCGCACUUUCUACAAGAGCCGGGGUGCCAAGAGAACGGGCGUCUACGCCCCUGGUCGGAGAUUCGUGCAGAUCAAGGAAAUGGUCCCAGAAUUUGUCGUCCCGGAUUUGACUGGCUUCAAGCUCAAACCCUACGUGAAUUACCGAGUCCCCGAAGGCGUAGACACGCCCCUGACGGCCAAGGCACUCUUCCUGGAAGCGGUUGCACCGGCUAUUGAGAAGGACUUUAAAGAAGGUACGUUCAAAGCUGACAACCUGGAGAAGUAUGGCUUCGAACCCACGCAGGAAGGCAAGCUCUUCCAGUUGUAUCCCAAGAACUUCCCACGCUAGAAAAGUUGAGUGGCCACAGACCUACCUACAAACUGGACCACCCCGCCGACCCAACCUCACAUCGUAAGGGUGGCUUCCUUAUGCACAUCUAUUAAAGGCCUUUGCUUUCCUGUAA